CAGUGGGGUUGGGGGGUGUGGAGGGAUAACGAGGGGGGGAUUGGGGUGCUGGGGGGAUCGGGGAAGCAUCUCUGCAGGAUGUUUAGCCCCCCUCCCCGUGUAGCUUCACCCCGGCGUGGGCCCAGGCCAGGGCACGGUGGUGGAGGUGCUCCUGACAGCCCAGUUCGUCCUCUGCGUCUUCGCCAGCUUCGACGACCGUCACGACGGGCGCCCGGGCAUGGCCGCCGUGCCCGUCGGCUUCUCCCUCGCCCUCGGCCACCUCUUCGGGAUCCACUACACGGGCGCCGGCAUGAACCCCGCUCGCUCCUUCGCCCCCGCCGUCAUCACCCGCGACUUCACCAACCACUGGGUGUACUGGGCGGGCCCGCUGCUGGGCGCGGCGCUGGGCGCGGUGCUGUACGAGUUCGCGCUGUGCCCGCGGCCGCGCAGCCUGGCCGAGCGCCUGGCCGCCCUCAAGGGAGAGCCGCCCGCCGUCACCGUCCCCGCCGCCGCCGCCGUCACCGCUGUCGCCGAGCCGCCGCCCGAGCCGCCGGCAGAGCCGCUGGAGCUGAAGACGCAGGGGCUGGAACGGGGGCCCGUCCCGGGGCGCGGCCCCGCGCCCGCCGCUGCUUUGCUGUGACGGGGCCGCCGCGGUGCG